AUGCAGCCAUUCAUCACGACACCCGGUCACGGGCCUUAUACGGGCUUUUCAGAUGGCGACACAUCCACCUACAUACAGGACUAUGUUCAGGCAAGUGACAGCACCACCACAAACGGCAAAAUGCCUUCGUUCGAAGAAGCACCUUCGCCUAAGGGGCGACUGCUGCUCAUCUCCAACCGGCUGCCAAUCACCAUCAAGCGCUCUGAUGAGGGCAACUAUGCCUUCUCCAUGUCUUCUGGCGGCCUUGUAGCUGGUCUAUCUGGUCUUGCUAAGACGACCAAAUUCCAGUGGUACGGCUGGCCAGGUGUUCAACUUCCCGAGAACGAGAUUCCACAUGUCAAGAAGCGACUCGACGAGGAGUUCAACGCUUCGCCGAUCUUCAUGGAGGAGGAACUGUCCGAGCGCCACUACAACGGCUUCUCAAACUCGAUAUUGUGGCCGCUCUUCCACUACCAUCCUGGUGAGAUCACAUUCGACGAGUCCGCCUGGGACGGCUACGUGGAGGCCAACCGACUGUUCGCAAAGGAAAUUGCCAAGGACGUACAGGACAAUGACUUGGUAUGGGUUCACGACUACCACCUCAUGCUUCUUCCAGCCAUGCUUCGGGAAGAGAUUAACAAGGCUGGCGAGAACAAGCCAAAGAACGUCAAGUUCGGAUUCUUCUUGCACACCCCGUUCCCGUCCUCAGAGAUCUAUCGGAUCCUGCCUGUACGGAACGAGAUCUUACAAGGUAUCCUGCACUGCGACCUCGUCGGCUUCCACACCUACGAUUACGCGCGACACUUCCUGUCUUCGUGUGCGAGGAUACUAGGACUGCCAACAACACCCAACGGAGUCGAAUUCCAGGGCAAGCUCGUGACGGUCGGUGCCUUCCCAAUCGGUAUUGAUCCAGAGAAGUUCGUCCAAGGUCUCCAAAAGGACAACGUCAAGGACCGAAUUGAGUCUCUCAAGAAGAAGUUCGAUGGCGUGAAGAUCAUCGUUGGUGUUGACCGACUCGACUACAUCAAGGGCGUGCCACAGAAGCUGCAUGCACUUGAAGUCUUCCUUACCGAGCAUCCCGAAUGGAUCGGCAGAGUCGUCCUUGUACAGGUCGCCGUUCCAUCGAGACAGGACGUCGAGGAGUACCAGAACCUCCGCGCUGUGGUCAACGAACUUGUUGGCCGCAUCAACGGCAAAUUCGGCACUAUCGAGUUCAUGCCAAUCCAUUUCAUGCACAAGAGCGUCAAUUUCGACGAGCUCACGGCACUUUACUCUAUCAGCGACGUUUGCCUUGUUAGCUCGACACGAGAUGGCAUGAACCUGGUGUCCUACGAGUACAUCGCUUGCCAGGAAGAGCGACAUGGUUCUCUCAUCCUCUCCGAGUUCGCUGGUGCUGCUCAGUCACUGAAUGGUGCCCUCAUUGUCAACCCAUGGAACACCGAAGAGCUUGCGGAUGCGAUUCACGACUCGGUCACCAUGAACGACGAGCAGCGCUCAAUCAACUACCAGAAGCUGGCCAAGUACGUCAACAAGUACACUUCUGCUUGGUGGGGAGAGAGCUUCGUAUCGGAGCUCACACGCAUCUCGGAGCAAGCAGAGAAGAAGUUGAAAGUCCGACGCCAGAGCACAGUAGACGGACCGGACGUUAGCCUGACAGACGGACAAGAGAAGUCAUCCGAACACCCUGCAUCCGCCGCCAAUGGAGUCAACAACCAGGCGGUUACAAGUGCGAGUGGUGAAGCGGAUAAGUAA